GUAUUUGCGAAAUGCGGGGCUUAGCUUGGUCCUUUGUUCGACGACAGGCCAUGAAUGCCUGAGCUGACCUUCCUAAUCAGCCUUACCAAGAACACAUCACCGUUCUCAGUCUUCUCCUAAACGAUAUUCAGGAAGCAUGGCAACUAUGGCCUCUGCGUCGAUUGACGUCGACAAGCCUGGCAAAUACCGCAUCGUCUUGAGUGAUGCAUUACUAGGGAAAACUCCGAAAGAGGUCUACACCGGCAUCAGAUACAAUCACAAGCCAGAUCUUUCCUCUGACGCAUCCUCCACAUCGACCCAUCUCCAGCCUUCCGACUCCGAUUCUACAAGCUACGACCUCUCCUUCACAGAUAAUUCUGACAAGUAUACAUACAACGGCGUGCGGACAACAGGCGACGGACAAUUUGUUCUUAUCUUUGAUCCUGUCAAGGAACACUUUGUGCUGCAUCGAGUUGAUUCCACAUUCGAUAUGAACCUGGUCAGCGCGCCCUGGGAGCAGAAGGCCUCCGCGUUACGAUCACAGUAUACACAAUUAGAGCCCGAAUCCAAGCCAGCAACCUCAGCCCCACAACGGAGGCCAUCGAAAUCCGUGAAGAAUGCGGCAGCUGCUAAGGCCACCACCAAACGCCAAAAACAAGAGAAGCCUAAGAAACCGAAGCCUCCGGUCAAAGAACCAACACCCGAGGAAGAGGACUCAGAUGAUGGCUUCACGGUCGAAUACCCGGAUGGACCUCCUUCUCAGCAGUACCAAUAUCAACCGGCACCGGUCUUUCGAAGAAAUGUCAGCGAGGACGAGAGUGAUGAGGAUGCAGAGCAUGAAUCAUUUGAAGAAGAGCGGAAUCAGGAUGUGGACCAUCUUCAACUGCCCAGCCCGGCAAACAACGUGGGUGGUAUGAGCGAUGAGGAGAUAGAAUUAGAUCUGGAGGAAGAGCUGGAGAAGGCUUUGAACCAGACCGAGAAUGGGGCCGAUGAGAGUAGUGAGAGUGAGGAGGAAUAAGACAGAUUCUUGGGUAUUGGCGUUUUGAAUGAAUUCCCGGAGUUGAUUUAUGAAGGGUUAAUAUGGCGCACAAAUAUGGAAGACGAAUUAAACUAUUGUUGAAUAUGAUUUCAAUGAAAUUGUAUUUCCCAAGCUGGUAGCUCAGCCAAUUGCUCGAUGGCCGUCAUCCAACCAUCUUGCCUGAUCUGGAAAUAUCUAAGGCAUAUGCAACCUAGUACAGAGGUCACCGCAAAAGUUUCAUGAUUUCCAAAUUGCUUAUACCCGUUAAGUACAUCCUGCCAUGUUAUUUAGCACACGGAGAUGCUCUGAAUUAGCUCUCGAUGGCGCAGAUUCACGACUCACAAAAA